AUGUCGAACCCACACCCGGCUACUGCCGGUCAGACAGAAACCAUCGAUCCACCACAACUGGAGCGCCAACUCUCAGCGCGCAUUGAAGACCUCCCAUCCCAUCUCGUCCCUCCUCCUGUCAGUACACUUCAAAAGCCCGCUCCUCCUCAAUUAUCUCACUUUGUCCAACUACAUAGCUACCUGAUCAUCUUCUCCAUACUGGGGACCCUUUCCCGCAUCGCCCUGGUCUCCAUAACAACCUACGAGGCGACCCCUCUACCGCCCCUCUUCUGGCCACAAUUCGCCGGAAGCCUAAUAAUGGGCUUCUUCCUCGAAGAUAAGACACUCUUCCCCGCGUCUACAAAAUCAACAACAUCGCUAUAUCUCGGCUUAACAACCGGCUACUGCGGCUCCGUGACGACUUUCUCGUCAUUCAUCAUAGGCGCGUUCGAGCAGCUCGCUAUUGCCGCGCCUAUCCAUCCCAGUCGGAGAAUAGGAGACAACAUAGCGGCUAUGCUAGCUUACGUCAUUGGCACCAUCGCGAUAUCAUUGGGCGGGCUACAGGUUGGGACCCAUUUAGCUGUUUUUUCCAAGGGUUUUUCGAGGGAGCUGCACUUUCGUUGGAUGGAUGUGCUGGCUGCGCCGAUUGGGUUCGGGUUGUGGGUGGCGUCGGUGAUUAUGGCAGUAUUUAUCAGGAGGUGGAGGGGGGAUGUACUGUUUGCUUGUGUAUUCUCACCGCCGGGGGCCAUCAUGAGGUUUUGGGCGUCUCGGUUGGGGAAUCCACUGCGCAAAGCGUUUCCCCCGGGCACAUUCAUGGUGAAUAUGUUGGGCACGGCCAUGCUGGCUGGAUUGUUGGCUGGAAGGCACGCGCACUUUGGAGGGAAUACUUGCGAUGUAUUGAGGGGGUUGGGCGAUGGUUUUUGUGGGUGCUUGACUACGGUGUCUACCUUCGUGGUGGAGGUUCGAGGCUUGAGGAUCAGUCAUGGCUACGUUUAUGCCGGUGCCAGUAUUGUGGUCGGCCUAUGCUUGACAAUAUUGAUUUUAGGCAGCUAUGCAGGUAUGGGUUCAUGGAACAGGAAAACCGGCAUGUUAGAAACAAAGCGUUCUAUGGACUACAAAUAUUCGGCCGUUUGA